CUUUGUACUUUCAGUUCAACUUAAACUACCGGCAACACUAGACGUACUCGUUUACUUAAGCUCUUUAAAUUACAUGUGCUUAUCUGAUAAGUAUUAAAGAUUGUCAACAUAUACUUACAAUCCUACGAAAAUUUUUACUUAUUUAUUUUGUGGUUUAAUUUCGAAAGCUCUUGUUACUCAUUGCAAGAUGAUUUACACGGUGUAUUUAAUAGUUUUAAUUUUAACGGGUCUGGAAAAAUCAUUGGGGGCGAAAUGCGACAGGAAGAUCGACAGCAAAUCCGAGCCAGGAGAGUUGGAGGGACAAUUUUCAAUUUUUCUCUGGACUUUUAAUAAAACUGACAUGGUCGAUCAGUAUAUGCCAAACACGCGAUACAUUGUGACGGUCGAGGGAGCGAAGAGGCCGGAUGUUGGGCCACAUGAUUCUGACAAGUAUAGAGAGAAGUUUAUAAGAUUUUUAUUGACAGUUGAUAACAAAAAUGAGUCCUCUUCAUCAGAGGGUUCAUUUGAUCUUAUUGACGACUCGCUGACCCAGUUCUCGGACAAAUGUCCAAACAGUAUCAUGGAGACGAGCAAGAUACCAAAGGAAGACAUAAGUGUUGCAUGGACGAGCCCUCCCGAGGGAAGCGGCUGCGUACUCUUCAGGGCGACGAUAAUGGAAACUCCCGAGACGUGGUUUAUGGAUGAAGGCGGCUUAGUGAGAACAGUUUGUCAAGAUCCCAAAGCAAUAGAAGACGAUCCGGGACCUGUCUUGCCUGAGUGCUGUGCUUGCGACGAAGCCAAGUACGAGGUCACGUUCGAGGGUCUCUGGUCUCGGAAUACUCAUCCCAAGGAUUUUCCCAGCAAAGGCUGGAUGAUUAAAUUUUCGGACGUUAUUGGGGCUUCUCAUACUUUCGACUACCGGUUUUGGAAGUUUGACGACACAGCCAGCGAAGGGCUUCAGCAAGUGGCCGAGUUUGGGUCAACAAGAAAACUCGAGUCCGAGCUCAAAGAGCAGAGCGAACAUAUCAGGACAAUUAUCAAAGCACGAGGUAUCAGUCAUCCAAAUGUCACCGGAAGGACUUUCGCAGUGUUCAGAGUAGACCGGAAGCAUCAUCUCAUGUCACUGGUUUCCAUGAUUGUGCCUUCACCUGAUUGGAUUGUCGGAGUCUCUGGACUGGAGCUUUGUCUCUCGAAUUGCUCGUGGAUCGAACACAAAGAGCUCAAUUUGUACCCGAUCGAUGUGGGAACUGAUGACGGGAUAACUUAUAUGUCCCCGGAUUCGCCGCUGGAAAAACCGGAGCCAAUAAGACGAAUAACAACCAGCUGGCCAAAUGACACAAGGUCACCAUUUUAUGAUCCCCUUGGCAUGGACAUGAAACCUAUGGCGAAGUUGCACCUCAGCAGACAAAGACUUUACGAAAAAGCCUGCGAUGAUUCUACCGGCACCACUGCCACAGAUUCAGGUGGUGAUAAUAAUGAUAUUAAUAGUAAUAAUGAUAAUAGUAGAAAUUCAACAACAGACGAAGAUGGUGAGAACCAUAAAGGAAAGAACCGUAAACCCCACAGAAAAAAAGAUAAGUCGUGUAGAACAACUCAGUGGAGUGGGUGGGGCGAGUGCUCGGAACCUUGCGGCGAAGGAAAGAGAAUGAGACAAAGAAAAUAUGAGGAUCCAAUAGCUGCUGCGGCUCAUAAUUGCAAUAAAUCAUUAAGCAACCGCGGAGUCUGUUAUGGAAACAAUCCAGAAUGCAAUGGACGCGAAAGAGGAGGAACAAUUCUCGACACACCGGCGUGCAAAUUAAACCAAUGGUCAGAAUGGAGUUCCUGUACAACAACUUGCGGCCAAGGAGAAACUGUACGCUCACGUAUUUUUGUCCAUAAAAAACAUCGCAAGCACUGCAUGAUGGUACCGAAUGGCCCAGACUUGCAGCAAACGGUUCCAUGUGAUAAUGGGCCUUGCGAAAAUACGGAAACUGAAGAGGUAAGAAAUUUAGAGGAUCAGGAUGACAAUGUUGUCGUUGAUGAUGUUGUCGAGGAUACGGAGGCUGAGACAGAGACAGAGGAGGAUAAAAAAGAAGGUGAUGAGGAAAAUCAAGAAAAUCAGGAGGAAGAGAAUGAGGAAAAUCAGGAGGGGGAGAAUCAGGAUAAUCAGGAGGGAGAGAAUGAGGAAAAUCAGGAGGGAGAGAAUGUGGAGGAGACAGAAAAUGAUGAGAAUGAUAAAGAGGAAACAAAUGACGAAGAAGAAAAAGAUAAUGAUAAUGAUGAUGAUGAAGAUGAGGUGGUGGAGGUAACCGAGGAAUGGUUGCAGAAAUGCCCUGAUGACGUGUACGGUCCCUGGGGUGCGUGGUCUCCAUGCACAUCAUCAUGUGGGCCGGGUACUAAAACAAGACACCGCAGACCUAUUGAUGACUCUGCUGAGGGAAGUGUUAAUUGGAAUUGUCGAGUACAAAGUGUUAAUUGCACUUCGAAAAUAAAAAGCUGCGAAAUAACUCCCGAAGAUGCUGAAAAGAUUUGCAACGAGCCAUUGAUUACUGGAUCGUGUGAAGGAUCUUUCAAGCGAGUCUACUACAAUUCGACAACAAACGAGUGCAAGUUUUUCAAAUACAGAGGAUGCGAGGCCAAUAGGAAUAAUUUUCAAACUGUCGAAGAAUGUAUGAAAGUUUGCAAUGAAAUCCGGAAAGGAAUUUGGGAAGGAGCUAAGUCUGAAGAUGUAUCGAAAAAUUAUAAAGUAUCGAUUAGUAGUGUCCUUAGUUAUCACAUUCCCGUUCAUCAGGAACGUAGAAAGUCUAAGCGCGAGCGACUCGAUCCAGAGUCUGAGGACUUUAAUGGAAUCCAAGCCGGCAGUCAAGUUUUAUCGACAACUCAAGAAUACGAGGAAGGACAAAAAGUGGAUUGCGAAGUGACUGAGUGGAGUGACUGGACGAUUUGCGAAGACUGUCAUGGAUAUACCAACAGCACUCGGUCUAUUGUGACUCCGGCACAAAACGGCGGGCGCAGGUGUCCGAAGAAAUUGAUGAGAAAAAUAAAAUGUCACAAAAUAUUACCCGGGUGCUCAAAAGACAGUCGGGGUGAUCGCCGCAAACGUUAUCGUGAUCGCAAGUCCGUUUUGCCAGAAACUAAUAACAAUAAUAAUUAUAGUUAUAAUAACGGAGUUUCAGUUGACUGUAAAUUAACCCACUGGUCUCCUUGGUCUCCGUGUCACGCGACUUGUGGCAACGCAGUUCAACAUCGGACACGGAGAAUUAAAAUUCAUCCCUACGGAUUACACGGCAAACCUUGCACUAGACUCGUCGAGUUCCGGAAGUGCUCAAUGUUUCCUUGUAAAAUUGAAUAACCCUUGUUUCAUUUUUGGUACGUCAAGAAACCCAGAAGAAUUGUUGUAGAAUAAUUAAUUAAUUCGCAACGAUAUUUCGCGUUACGCAGCCCUAAAGUGGCCAAAAAUGAUACACCCGUGUAAAAAAAUUAUUGUUCAUAAUGAAUUUAAUUAUAAAUUUAAUCUCGAAACUCAGAUCGUGACACAAAUAUAACUCUCAUCAUGAAUUUGUAUCAUCAACUUUAAUCACGUCAAAAUUAUGACUCAGUAAAAUUUAAAUCCAAGUGAUUCGAAGUUCAUUCACUAAAUUAAUUUUACAAUCAAAACUGAUUUACGUAAAUCAAUUACUUGAUGGAAGAAGUUUAUUGGUAAUUUCUGUAUCGAUAAAUAUAACAAAAGGCUUAAUCCAGUAAAAAUCAGUCAAGUUUCUAUCGAAGUCAUCCCAAGUCUAAUUCCAAGACGUAAUAAAUUAAUUUUAUAAUUGGUACUGAUUUACUAGACGAAAAGUUGGAGUAAAUUCAUGAUGAAAGUCAUAUUUGUGUCACGUUCUGAGUUUCGUCAUGAAAUUCAUGCCUAAAUUCGUUAUAAACGAAAAUUUUUUUUACACGGGCACAGAAAAAAAGGAUUUCUUGGAGUAAAAAAUUUUUACUCGCCCCAAGAUAAUUUUCUUCAUUUUGAAUUGAGAAGAAAAAUUUUCUUGGGGCAAAUAAUUAUUUUCUUUCUGUGUACCUGUACCCUCUACGCCCUUACGGCACCUGCGCUGCGAUUUUCUAUCAAGAGAAUUAAACAGGCAAUUUUUUUGAACCAUGAAUAGAACAGUUGAUAUUUCACUGAACAUGUGAGUGAAAAUAUAUCAAAUUUUAUCAAAGUACUAGCUAAGUAUCGCUAGUUGUCGAUUGCUUAUUAAUUAAUUAUUAAUUAAUAAUAAUAUUUAUCGUUGACGAUGGUCACAAAUUAUAUUUAAUUAUCAGUUGUUCGUAAGAUCAUAAACAAUAACAAAAUCAUAACGCACAUAUCCUAGUUAAAUUUAUUAUAAAUUUACCGCGUAAUUUGAAUUAUUUUGGAUCCAGUAUUAAAUAUUGUAAUAAAAUACUCUGCGUUUUUACAAUAAAGUAAAAUAUUUUGUAGAUUGCAGGUUGCAUUAAAUCCGUGUGAUUAUUAAAUAUAAUAAAAAGCACAUAAGUAUAAAAUGUGAUUGAUAUAUGUGCAUUUAAAUUUGUUUUUACAAUUAAAAAAAAAUAAUAACAAUAAAAACGAGCUUUAUAAUUGUAACCACUUAAAUAAUUAACAGUUAAAAUAUAAUAUUUAUUAUUAUUAAGUCUUAAUUACUGUUAUUACAAUAUACGUAAAACGUAGAAGCGUACAAUAUAAAUAAUUGUCUAGUUUAAUAUUUGUAUGUAAUGUAUAUGCAACAAGUGCUUAUAUAAUUGUCAAAUUUAUUUUUUAUUGUUUCGUUUAAAAUAUAUUGUUUAAAAAAAAAAAAUUUAUUAUUUUAAU